AUGCCGCCCCCAGGCCCUCGGGCCCCCGAGCCCCUGCUGAAGAUCAGGGCUACAGCCAGAGAAGGCAUCACAAAGCUCUGUCUGAACUCAGGAAAUGCCACCCGUAUCCCGCAGGCUUCCUCAGGCUUCUCCUCCGAGAUCUGCAACGUGUCCUUCGAGGAGAGCAGAGUGAUCCUGGUGGUGGUGUACAGUGCAGUGUGCGCACUGGGCCUGCCUGCCAACUGCCUGACCGCGUGGCUGACGCUGCUGCAGGUGCUGCAGGGCAACGUGCUGGCCGUCUACCUGUUCUGCCUGGCCCUCUGUGAGCUGCUCUAUAUCAGCACGCUGCCACUCUGGCUCAUCUACAUCCAGAAUCAGCACCACUGGAUGCUGGGCCUGUGGGCCUGCAAGGUGACCGCCUACAUCUUUUUCUGCAACAUCUACAUCAGCAUCCUCUUCCUGUGCUGUGUCUCCUGCGACCGCUUCAUGGCGAUCGUGUACGCCCUGGAGAGCCGAGGCCACCGCCACCAGAAGGCUGCCAUCUUCAUCUCUGUGGGCAUCUUUAUCCUUGUCGGGCUUAUUCACUACCCGGUGUUUGAAAUGGAAGACAGGGAAACCUGCUUCGAGACACUGCCUAUGGAUGAGAGGAUCGCCGGGUACCACUACGCCCGGUUCGCCAUCGGGUUUGCCAUCCCUCUAUCCAUCAUCGCGUUCACCAACCACCGGAUCUUCAGGAGCAUCAAGGUGAGUGGGGGCUUGACUGCCGCCCAGAAGGCCAAGGUGAAGCACCUGGUCAUCGCGGUGGUCGUCAUCUUCCUGGUCUGCUUUGCCCCAUACCACCUGGUGCUCCUCAUCAAAGCCGUCGCCUUUUCCUACUACAGAGGAGACAGGGAAGCCGUGUGUGCCUUCGAAGCCAGGCUGUACACAGUCUCUGUGGUGUUUCUGUGCCUGUCCACAGUGAACAGUGUGGCCGAUCCCAUCAUCUAUGUGCUGGCCACGGACCAUUCUCGGCAAGAAGUGUCCAAAAUCCACAAGGAGUGGAAGAAGCGGUCCACAAAGACAGACGUCACCAAGCUCACGUGUUCAAAGGACUCAAUGGAGAUGCGGUUGCCUCCGGCGCUCACAAAUGACUUCACAUUCCCCAGGCCUGUCCAUCCCCCGGGGUCACAACUGGGCAUGCAGGGCUCACCCUGCACCUCCAGGAGGCUGAUGGAGUUCUGCUGA